UGGAGGGUCGGAGGCUACCUGUUACUUGCAGUAACAGUCAGGCUGACUUUGAAGGCGGGGAACUCUUCUGGUUUAGUUAAAGAGGGGCCGUCCAUCACAGUGAGUUCUAGAGAGACAGGAAAAGAGAAGGAGCGAGGGAGAGAGAGCUGCGGAGCUGAAGAGGACGGACGGACGGACGGACGGACGGGUUGGGCCCGCAGCAGGACGAUGGAGGAGCGCAAACUUCCAGUGACAAGCCAUCCUUUCAGCGUGGAGUCGCUCAUGGCCAGCGACAAAAGCGCCAAGGAGGGCCGUCAGAGUCCCGGGGAAGCGUCUUGGGCGACAUUCGCGAAAGCUCAGCUCACGUCGUACCGAAGCGAGGACACUUGCAGUCCGGAAGAAAGUCGAAAGCACUUUAUCCAAACUUCGCCGGUGAAGUCGGAAUCCCCAGAGCCGGAGGACUGCGCGGCUUGGGUUAUGAACUCCAGAUUCUCUCAGUCACGCCAAGUGAGUCCGCCCUGCGCCCUGCGCAAGCAUAAGACCAACCGCAAGCCGCGCACCCCCUUCACCACCUCGCAGCUCCUGGCCUUGGAGCGCAAAUUCCGGCAGAAGCAGUACUUGUCCAUCGCUGAGCGCGCUGAAUUCUCCAACUCCCUCACACUCACAGAGACACAGGUCAAGAUCUGGUUCCAGAACCGGCGGGCCAAGGCCAAGCGGCUGCAGGAGGCCGAGCUGGAGAAGCUGAAGCUGGCCACUAAACCGGCGCUGCACCCAGGCUUCCCCCUGCCCCUCCCCCUCGGUACGCAGUUCCACUCGGCUGUGUCGCUCUACGGACAGUCGUACCCUUACCAGAGGCCUCUGCUGUCCGUCCCUCCUGUCGGGCUGUACGGCACGCCGCUGGCCUAUGGCAUGUAUCACCUGGCGUGAGGGGGUGCGGCGUGGACUGUACUGUGGAAAUACAGUGAAUGGAAAGACAGUAUGGGUGGAAAGACAGUGUUUACCUGCAUGGAUGCAGCCAGAAAUAACAAAUAUAAUGUGUGAUGCAAAACAAAUGUUUAUGCACAACCCUCAAAGUGCCUGAUACGGAUAUUCCUGAUACCCUUUUCAUCCACCGGUGAUGCAGAGAUUAAUGAUAUCAUUAUUUUGGGGAUGAAUGCAUCCAUUGUCUAGUUUGUGUAUAUAAGUAUGUAUGUGAGAGUGAAUGUGUGGUACAAUAUGUCCUUCUUAUUUGCCCUAAUGUAAUAUAUUGUAAUACUAAUUAUUUCUUUGUACACAAUAUUGGCUUAUUGGUUCAGAGAAAUUCCAUUGCAACAAGUGUUGAUGUAGGUCUGCUGGUUAAAAAAAAUGCUCAGACGAAAUCGCGCUUAAUUGGAAUUGAUCGUCAUUCUCGUUCAUUUUUGUUGUACUAACAGAUUUUUUUUUUUAUUUUGUUCAUACCUCAACAUAAAAAUGGUAGGAUAAUUGUCACAGUUGUUUUUUCAAAUAUAAUUUAGCCACUUUGUGUGCUAAACUGCAAAACAUUAACUUAUUUUCCCUCCAGACUCCUACCAGUUUUGCUCACCACUCACUGUGGAAAGCCAAAUGUCCAGAGAUACGGCUUUGUAGCUGAAAUGUGGAAGUUCUAUUUUUGUAUCCUGUUUUGCCUAUGCAUAUCUUUCCUCAGAUCCCUUUGAAAGGGGUCACUUUGUACAAAUAAUAUGUAAAACAAAUUCUCAAGGGUAUUUUUCUUUUUUGAAUGGAGAAUAAACCUAUUACUUGUUGUUUAUUACAACAUAGUUAAAUACAUUUCUUGUUAUUUCACUCUGUGAUUUACUUUGUCAUGUUAAAACCAUAGCUCACUUUGUCAUGAGUGCACUUCAUAAUCUUUAACCCUAGCUUGUUGAGACAGAGCUCAGCUCUUAAAUACAACAUAGAUCUCUACAUACUCCGCUAAUGUCAAGCUGUUUAGGGUCCAGCUGAUUGUUUAAACAUGCUCUUUGGUCCGCUGUGUGCUCCAACCACAUUAUGUGGCUUUGGCUUUGGUUUCGGAGUGGUGUACAUUAUUCAACGCUAUUAGUCGAGCAAUUAGCACUUCAAACAGUCUCUUGAGGAAGUCGAACGCUUACAGUUUAUUACUCUUGCUUCUUUCCCGCCUCGUUCAGCCUCGUUCAUCAAGCUGCGGCUCUAUAAAGGUGGUGCCCUCAUAAGUGGUCAGUGUGGCACCACUUACAACUUCCGGGUGACUUUGAUGUAAUGAGGAAAUCGUUUACGGGCUGUGCUCUAUUUACGAGUUUCCUUCUAAUCAAAACAAGACUGCCGGGCAAGCGCCUCAGACGCGUUAGAGCCAUCAGCCUAAUGAAGUGCAGGUUCUGCCAGGCUGCUCGUAAGGACAGGUUUUUAUAGUGCCAAGUUAGCGCAGCUUGCUAGCGAGGUGUGUCUGACUCAUUUGGUAAUUUAUUUAUAUGGAAGGUGUGAAUUCCAGAUAUGCAAGCCAUGUUUUUGUUUAGCUUCCAUCAGUCUAUCAGGCUCAAAUUGUAUGCAGCUAUAUUAUGUCAGGGGAUUCAUGUCUGGAAUAAUGAAAUCCAAGAGAUGAGACAAAAAUCUAGGUAUUAAGUGGAUCAUUGAGAAGUG